UCUUGUGUGACUCACCUGAGACAAACCAGGAAACACAGCUUGUUGCGCCACCUGACUGACAAAAAAACAGACCAUAAGAUUCACCUACACGGACAAACACUACGCUUCCACUGACAACGGAGAACUUUCGGGAAAGAAAUGCUAGGAGUAAUGGAAUAUCUUGAAUACUGCCACGUACACCAGCAGCUGACUCUACAGGCGGGAUAAGAGUUUUACAGGGAGCGGGGGGGGGGGGGAUCUCAGCUUGAAGUUAAGGUAACGCUGAGGGAGCUUUCCAGAGAAAGGAGUGGCACCAUUCCAUGUCUGCCUGCUGUGUUUUUAGAUUCACCUAGAGGACAAUGGCUUCCCGUUUAGAGGAGGAUUUCUGCUGUCCCGCCUGCCAUGACAUCUUUAAAGACCCUGUCCUCCUGUCGUGCAGCCACAGCUUCUGUAAAGCCUGUCUGCAGAGCUGGUGGAGCAAGAAACAAUCCCAAGAGUGUCCGCUUUGUCGGACAGUAUCUCAGUGCGGCAAUCCACCCCGUAACUUGGCGUUGAGGAACCUGUGCGAGGCCUUUUUGCGACAAAAAGGUCAGGGAGCCUCAUCGGGGCCUGUGACUCUCUGCCGUCUGCACUCUGAGAAGCUCAAACUCUUCUGUCUGGACCAUCAGCAGCCGGUGUGUGUCGUCUGCCGAGAUGCGAAGAUACACACCGACCACAGGUUCAGACCCAUCGACGAAGCGGCACAGGAUCGCAGAGAGGAGCUCCGGAAGUCCCUGAAAGCCUCACAGGACAAGCUGAAGGUUUUUAACGACGUUAAAGUGAACUUUGAUCAAACGGCAGAACACAUAAAGGUCCAGUCCCGACACACGGAGAGGCAGAUUCAGGAGGAGUUUAAGAAGCUUCACCGGUUUCUAGAAGAGGAAGAGGAGGCCAGGAUGGCUGCACUGAGGGAGGAAGAGGAGCAGAAGAGUCAGAGGUUGAAGGAGAAGAUGGAGGCUCUGAGCAGAGAGAUAGCAGCUCUUUCAGACACAGUCAGAGCCACAGAGGAGCAGCUGAGAGCUGAAGACGUCUCGUUCCUGAUCAACUACAGGGCUGCAGUGGAAAGAGUCCAGCAGCACCCCCUGCUGGAUGAUCCACAGCUGCUCUCAGGAGCUCUGAUAGAUGUGGUGAAACAUCUGGGCAAUCUAACCUUCAACAUCUGGAACAAGAUGAAAGACGUGGUGCCCUACAGUCCUGUGAUUCUGGACCCUAACACCGCCUAUCCUGAGCUCACUCUGUCUGAGGAUCUGACCAGCGUGAGACGUGGAAAGAUACAGCGGCUUCCCGAAAACCCAGAGAGGUUCACGUACUGGGAUUCCGUCCUGGGCUCCGCAUUCAACUCGGGGACUCACAGCUGGGUCGUCGAGGUCGGAGACAACAUAGAGUGGGAACUGGGGGUGUUAGCCGAGUCCGUUUGCAGGAAAGAAUUCGUGAUGUCUACAGCUUGGAGCGUAGACUUCAACGACGUCGGAUACAGAGCGUACUCGCCGACAAAUAAAUACACGGAUCUCCCAGUCAGGGAGAAGAUCCAGAGGAUCAGAGUUCAUCUGGACUGGGACGAAGGGAAGCUGUCGUUCUCUGAUCCCGACACUAACACACACAUACACACCUUCACACACGCUUUCACUGAGAAAGUGUACCCAUACCUUUGCACCAGGAAUGCACUCCCUCUCAAAAUAUUGCCUGCAGAGAUCUCUGUAAUAGUGAAAAGUUAGACAUGAGUUUUUCUUCAACUUGUAAGCUAACAGUUAUGCAUUAAGCAUGUGAGGAUACAGAAUGAGACAUAAGAUCAGAAACAGGAAAUUAUGUCUAUGAUGACUAUAAUCAAUGUAAGUACGCAAACCUUGCAUGCAAAGUGUUAACCCUCGUGUUUUCCUCGGGACAAAUUUGACCCGUGUAGUGUAUUUAUCAGAAAUAAGGGUCAGAAAUAAGGGUUUUUUUCAACCAAAUGCCCAAAAAUAACUUGGAUACAUGGAUGUAUGUUGUAUGGAA